AUGGGCAACAGUUUAAGGUGUUGUUUGGCUUGUGUUCUUCCUUGUGGUGCUCUAGACUUGAUCCGUAUAGUCCAUUUGAAUGGUUACGUGGAAGAAAUUAUGGGUCCGGUCACGGCUGGUGAAAUCCUCAAGGCCAACCCUAAUCAUGUCCUAAGCAAACCAUGCUCUCAAGGUGUUGUACGGAAAAUUUUGAUCCUCUCUCCGGAAUCUGAGCUCAAAAGAGGCAGCAUAUACUUCUUGAUCCCAUCAUCUUCGUUACUGGAGAAGAAAAAGACUGGUACACAUCAUAAAAAGAAGAGCAAAAAAUGCAACAAUGAGGUUUCAGGUUGUGAUCGUUACCUAGCAAAUGUCAAUAUUGCAGAGAAGAAAUGUUCCUCGGGUAGGGAUCGCCGGAACGGUCGUGUUGGAGUAUGGCGGCCUCAUCUGGCAAGCAUCUCCGAAGUUAAUCUCCACAUCCCAAACACCAAUUUUCGACAUCAAAUUGGAAUCAGAGCUAUGGCCAGUUGUCAUCGUCAAGCACCAAUAGAAGAGGUUGAAGCCAACACUAACAUUGCAGCAACUAUCAAUAUUGAUCCAAAGGAUACCCUCAUAGAGGAGAUGCGACAACAGAUCCUUUAA